CUUUUAAACCUGUUGUCCAAGAUGGCGGCGCUCGGCGAGUUGUUUACCGGCAGGUAUGGCCUACCGCGACGCGACCCUGGAGAGUGAGCUGCUGGAGCGGUUCUCCUGUUUAUCUGUUAGCAAGGAGGAAAGUAUGACUAAAAAUGAGCUCCAUGACUCGGAUAUAAACCCAGGUUUGUUAUAUUUAAGUGACGAGGUGCUUAUUGUCAUUUUAAAUCACUUGGAGCCGGUUUCUUUGCUGAGGCUCGGCAGCACCUGCUGCAGGUUGUUCCGGGUUUGCUCCUGUGACACGCUGUGGACGCGUCACUUCCGGGACUCGUUUGGGGUAGGCCUGCCGAACAUCACCACAGCCGGUUACACCGCCAAAACCGCCUUUCGUUUAGUGUUCAUGUGGAGAGCCCUUUUCCGAAACAUCCACUGUAACCGGUCCCUUCAGGAGAAGCUGUUUGCUGAAGUGCCGUUCCCUCCCCAUGUGUACUGGACGCAGUGGCUUGUAAUGGAGGAGCGAGUGCCUUUACCUGCCGCACAGCUAUCGUGUGCUGAUGUGGAGAAGCUGUGGGGGAUGCCGGGAGAGCUGUUCACCGAGAAACUUCAAGAGAAACCAGAAGGCGAUGAGACCCUCAGGAUAGAAUGGAGGGAGUUGUACAGCCUCGCUGUCAAUCAUCAUGGAAGUACAGCAAUACUCUUUCACUACGUUCUUAAGCAGCACCAAAGCAGUGACCAUUCUGAACUGGAGUCGAUGUACCGCCAGUACACCCAGUGCAGGUUCCAGUGGCUGUUCACUUACUGGCUCUUUCGCCAGCCGACCCCGCUAAACCGCCAGAUCAGAGCCAUCUACCUGCAGUGGAGGAAGCAUAGUAAGAAGAAGGUUUCCACGUGGGGAGAAACGGUGUGUGACGUGAGAUACCUGGCCUCCCUCCAUCCAAUCACCAGCGACUACUGGAGGGGCAAACUAGCUCGGGGAGAUGAAAACAUCGGGAUUCAUACAGUGGGAAACUACUUCUCCAUGUGCAAGUCACUAGUGGCCUGGAUCCUCGGCCGUGACUGGGGCAGACUGAAACGCAGAAAGGUUUACGAGGACACUCUGGAAGGCGUGUACCUGCUGCUGAAGAGAGAGGUGCAGGAGAGGCUGGUGGAACACGAGAGGUUCUGGCAGGUGGCCAAAGUGCAGCUGAGCCGAGUAUGCACUCUGGAGGAGACGGCUGUGAACUACGUCAACUGGAAGAUGCUCGAGACGCUUCCCUAUUACAAGCUGUAUUUGGUGUCGGGAAACGGCGUGUACCUGCAGCAUGUGCAGGGUUUCCUGAGCAGGAAGAGGAUGCUUCAUGACUGGAUCUACCUGGAGGACAACACCUGGCUCAGAGAGCUGCUCCCUGAUGAGCUCUUCACACGGCUGGAGUUUGACACCAAGAUCUCUCAAGAAAGUUUACACGGCUCGUCUGCGAUCGCUCAGCUCAGUCGGCUCAUCUGGCUGUACCUGCACUCAGGUGAGCAGCUCUACAUGGAGGGAGUGAAACAGACGGUGCUGCAGUACGUUCACGCACGACUGGACAUCAGCACCAGCCUCUGGCAGCCUGUCCUCAGGCCUGUCGCUCCAUGAACUGGCCUGGACAGCAGAUGCAUUUUCAUUCUAAAUAGUUUUAAAGGACUGUCCUUUUUUAUGUUUUACUUUUUUAAUUCCUAUUAGCAUUUUUUAACAACAAAAAAAUAGAUUUUAUGGCUCCUGUGCGUUGCAGUGUAUUUUUGGGACUGUAGCUGAAUUUUAACUUGUGAUGGAUCUGGCUGUGGUGUGGAGCCACAGGCGUUGAACUCGGUGCUUUGGGUAAAUUGUGUAAAUAUUUUUAGCGGUAUGAAUGUCGCAUGUCACGAUGUCUGUGUGCUAUGAUGUGUAAGUUUGGGUGUGGCUCUGGGAUGUAUUUAAAUACUUAAAAGGAAUUCAGUCACCUCAUCAUGAUGGGUUUCUGCUUUUUGUUUUAUUUUUUUAUUUGUAUUUUUUGACCAGCAAAAUGUUGUCCUUUAUCUGAUUUGAUCAUUGUUGUAUUUUCCUCUUAUUCAAGUUUUUUUUUUUUUUUUUUUUUUUUUUUUUUUUUUUUUUGAGGUCUGUGAAUGUAAUCUUUGUUUUGUUUUUUUUUUGUUUGUUGGCCCCCCCUCUUGACUGAAUUACUGGAUUUGUGCCUUAUGGUUAGCCUAAUGUGUCUCUCUCUCCCCCCCCAAUAAUCCUGAGACUAUUAAAGUCCCUUUCAACUUUAACCCACUGCUGGUGUUUUAUUGUCCUC